GCAGCGCGCAGGUCCUCCACCAACUCGCGCAAGCUGCUAUUCUCCUCCUCCAGCCGCGCAACGCGCUCGCAGUCAGGACCGCUGUCAGGGCCAGGCGCGCAGGGCGGGCGGCGGCGGCGGCGCGGACGGCGCAGGCGGAUCUGCGUCUCGAUGUGCUCGCUGAGAGCGCCGCGGGGCAGCCGGGGCCCCGCACGGGUGCCGAAGUAGCCGCAGAGGCGCGCGUGGAACUGGCGGAAGGAGCUCCGGCGGCCAGCGGCGCGCUCUGCAGCAUGUCGCUGAAUGCCUGGGAGUGGGAAGAGGACCCCGCAAGCAUAGAGCCCAUCUCCUCCAUCACCAGCUUUUACCAGUCCACGAGUGAGUGUGACGUGGAGGAACACCUCAAGGCCAAGGCCAGGGCCCAGGAGUCUGACUCUGACCGCCAGUGCAGCAGCAUUGAGUCCUCAUCUGAGCCUGCCAGCACCUUCAGCUCCGACGUGCCCCACGUAGUCCCCUGCACAUUCACCAUCUCACUGGCCUUCCCUGUGAAUACGGGUCAUAAGGGAAAAUAUGCAAGUUUGAUUGAAAAAUAUAAGAAGCACCCUAAAACGGACAGUUCUGUUUCAAAGAUACGUCGUUUUUACCACAUUGAAUAUUUCCUUCUGCCGGACGAUGGAGAACCUAAAAACGUUGACAUAUUGCUAUUUCCAAUGGUGGCCAAAGUGUUCCUGGAGUCAGGAGUAAAGACUGUAAAGCCGUGGCACGAAGGUGACAAAGCCUGGGUGUCGUGGGAGCAGACUUUUAAUAUCAAUGUGACAAAGGAAUUAUUAAAGAAAAUAAAUUUCCACAAAAUCACCUUGAGGCUCUGGAACACUAAAGACAAGAUGUCAAGAAAAGUCAGAUAUUACCGAUUCAAGACUGCCGGCUUCACAGACGACGUGGGAGCUUUUCAUAAGUCAGAAGUGAGACAUUUGGUUUUAAAUCAGAGAAAAUUCUCUGAACAGGGCAUUGAGAAUGCCAACAUUGUCAGAGAAGACUCGAACCAGGAACAUCCACCAGGAAAACAAGAAAAAGUAGAAAAACACCCAAAGUCUUUGCAAGGUUCUCACCAAGCAGAGCCCGAAAAUUCUUCCAAGAACAGUGAGGAAUAUGAGAAGUCCCUCAAAACAGAUGAUUCUUCCAUGGUUCAAUGGAGUGUUUCAAGAACACCAACCAUUUCUUUGGCAGGAGCAAGCAUGAUGGAGAUCAAAGAAUUAAUUGAGAGUGAAUCACUUAGCAGCUUAACAAACAUAUUAGACAGACAAAGGUCUCAAAUUAAAGGAAAAGAUUCAGAGGGAAGAAAGAAAAUCCAGAGGAGACAUAAGAAGUCCCCUGCAGAAGAAGAGGCACACCCCACGCUGACAGGCCUAAGGAAGCAGAGCGCUUUCUCCAUCCAACUGGCCGUCAUGCCGCUCCUUGCCGGAUGGCAAACUGUCAUGAGUCGUGGCAGUGAGAAGUCUGCCAACAUUUUAGAUUGCCUUUUGACUUUAAAAACAGAAGUUCCAAUCAUGACCGAGGAGCAAAAGCAGGAUUUAAAUCCCCUGACCAUAAAGAUCAAGUGUGCUUCCUGCCUUCCAUCACAGCCUGUGCCCAUUCAGGAACUAGAGGUGCUCUUCAAAUGCAGGCCUCCCUUCAGGAGCCCCCGGGCUUUGCUGUUCCUGUGGCAGUUACCAGCAGGAUGCUCGCUCAUUGUUAACCAACCAGGUUCAGUACUGCUGUUUAUUCUGCUGUGCAUGCCCGUGUACUGCAAGUACCAGUUCCAUAAGACUCCAGUUCACAAGACCAAGGGGGAGCCCCAUGGAACCCACGUUUAUUUCCAGGACAUCAACGUCAUCUUCCUUGGGGCGCUGCAUCCCAGUGACCUCAGGGAAUACCUGGAGGGUCCCCCCAUGGUGGUGGAAGUUCACGACCGGGACUGCAAGUCAGAGGAGUUUUCUCAGAAGCCUGUGCUGUUUGGGGAGGACCCCCUGGAUUCAUACCUCAACUUCCGGGCCCUCAUCUCUCCCAGAGAGACAGAGAACAACCCCUUUGAAUCCCAGAACAAGAUGUGGUACCCUUAUGGGAUCGCCCAGGUCAGUUUUGCUGACCUCCUCCUUGGCCACAAGUACUUGAACCUGGCCGUCCCCAUCCACAGCUGUGAGGUUCAGCCCACACACUGCAGCCAGGAUAGCAGGAGAAGGAAGGUUGCGGGGCUUGGGGUCCCCAGAGAUGGCCACCAGCAUGGCCCAGUGCCCAUGGGCAACUACCUAGAGGCUGACUCCCAGCUCAAGUUGCGAGUGGACAUCGCGGUGCCACUGAGGGCCGGGGCCAGAGCUGCCGAUCCCGACCUCGGGGGCUCCCAGUUUGGCCGCAUUAUCUUCGUCUUUGACUUUAAGAAGGUCUCCCUGCUCCACAGCCUGCUGCAGGACAUCACUAUGAUCAACGCUAAGGCCCUCGGCCUGGACUCCUACCCCGUCAGGACCCUGCAGCAGAUCCUGUCGGCCUUCAAGAUGCAUGUGCAGGUCCAGGAGCAGCAGUACCUGGAUGUACUCACCGGCUUCCACCUGCUGGACGGGAAGACCCACCUUUUCAUCCUGGAAGGCCUGGCCAACCAAGGCUUGAGGCAGCUGUGGGAGAACCACCAAAGCUGGAUUCCCAGGUCAGAACACGGGAAAUACAAGGUGCUGUACAACUCGCAGCUGCUGUUCCGCAGCCGGCUCUAUGGGGACCUGGAGGCCAUCCUGUACCACGUGCACCUCUUCCAGCCCAUGGAGCUGCUGCUGCAGCAGGCGGUGCUUUUCCUGCGAGACACUGAGUGGAGGCGGGUCUUCCAGGCACUGACCAGGAUCCACGACAUCUGCUAUAACAGCACCACCCUCUGGGACGUGAUGGUGAGGAACCUGCUGCCUUCCUCUGUUAUGAUCAAAGACUUGAGCCAAGAGUUUGGGAUGCCCCUUUUGCAAGAAGAACUCACAGAUGAGAAACCGUUCGCCCUACCACCUCAGCCCGCCCCCAAUCUUGAGGACUACCAUGGUCGGGACUCCAGCCUCACCUUAGAGAUCCACGCCCACCAGGAGAAGUACCUGCAGUGGCGGAGCGCCAUGCUGCUGAAGAACAAAGACAAAAAACACAGUUUCAUCCAGAAAAAUAUCACAGAAGCCUACCAGGUCAGCAAGAAGCCUCCAAAGUCCGUGGCGAAGGUGAUUAGAAUUUCAGCCCCUGCCAACAAGGCCAUCUACAACUAUAGUAUCCAGACCAUGAAUUCUACAGAGCUUGCCAAGAAAGAGCUGUAUCAAGAGAUGGCCAAGGAGCCAAGAAAGAGAUUCACGUACUCACAGGAUUACCUCUCAGCCAUGGUGGAGCCCCUGGACUUGAAGGAAGAGGAGAAGAAAGCCCAGAAGAAAUCCCGCCAAGCCUGGCUCACAGCCCGGGGAUUCCAAGUGACAGGUCUUCAGAGCAACACUGAAGGCAGCUUUCAGGAUCUCAAGCUGCCACCCAUCAAAGAGCUGAAUGAGGAGUGGAAGGAAAACUCCCUGUUUGCUAACAUACUGGAGCCUGUGUUGGAUCGAGACCGGUGGAGCUGGGACAGGCACCACGUGGACUUUGAUCUGUACAAGAAGCCACCACCUUUCCUCAAGCUGCCCCCUUCGCCCGCACCAACUCCUAUAACAGGCAGGAAGAAGAAAGGGAAAGGCCCCAUCUCCUGAACAGCACAGACCCUCCCACAGCCACCGCAUGGUGAACUUGCACAGCCUCCCCCAUAGUCUCUGCCUGCAGGACCUGUGGAUACCCCCUCAACUGGCCCAGCCCUCCCUUACACCCUCCUCAACAAUUAACUUCAUUAAAGUGCAGCAGGACAGAUGCCAGCAGCCAAGCCCUGUGUGAGGCUAGGCUGGACUUACCUCAUGGUCGUGGUUGCGUAGCCCGAUGCGGAUGGAGCGGCUGGCCCGCGACAGCACGGCCGUCAUGCCAUACAGGUUGAUGAGGAUGUUGGCCACCCGCUUCAGCACCAGCUGCUCCUCCAUGAUUGUCUGGGAUCACAGAGGCUCUGAGUGGGGACUCACUACCUAAACCAGUCCCCCACACGGUCCCUCCCUGGGCUGCAUCUCUGCCUGUCUUAGUUUCCUGUGUUCCUUGAGAAAGUGGAGCCAAUAAAGCCUUUCCCUUCAGGCUGUGGGAGAAUGGCUCCCAGCCA